AUGGUCUCGAUUUUUAUGAUUCACCCGAACUUGCAGCUCACCGAAUGUGAUACUUCAAGUGCCAACAUGAUCCACCGUUAUCAGGACCAGUUACUCGACAGUAUUAAUGAAACCAAUCAUACGGAGAUCGAUGCUGAAGUACAAUACUUGAGCUCGUAUUCGAGGAUCUUGGACAUUAUGGAAAAAUAUUUUUCUAAGCUGGUACUCACCCCUCAAGAUGAAUGUGAAGGAUUAGAUCUAAUCGCUGGAGAAAUGAAGGUAUUCAAAGGUGCAGAAUUGAAGUUACAACGGUUGAAAUUAGAAGUAGUGCCUCGUCAAUCAUCAUCUUUGAACACAAUUACAGAAGAAGAAUAG